AUGGCCUCUGGCAAUGCUGCUGAUGUAAAUCCACUAAAGAGACAAAGACAGAACAGUAGUUUCAACAUGUCCUCUGAUCUUAGUAAACUCAAUGACCUGCUAGACUCAAUUUCUUCAGAUGAAAACGAAUUCAAACAAGCCAUUAGCCUUAUUCUAAAUAAGGAAAAUUUCAAAAACGCUCUAGCUGGAGUUUUUGUUACAGAGGUAACACAAUUACGCAAUGAACUCAGUGAUCUUUAUUUACGAAUUGACCAAAUGGAACAAUAUUCUAGAAGAAACUGUCUCAAAAUAACAGGCAUACCUGAAGAGAAAAACGAAAACACUGACACCCUUGCACUUAAUGUAUUCAACAAUCUUGUUCUUAAAGAAAAUACAGAGAAAAUCUCAGUUAAGGAUAUCUCCAGGUCCCACAGGGUAGGAAAAUAUGACCCUCGCAGGAAAACACGCGACAUCAUAGUCAAAUUCACCAGCUACAGAGAUAGGGCCAAAGUGUACGGCAAUAAAAAAAACCUGAAAUCAUACAACAACAACCCUACAAAGCAAACUGGCCGCAUAUUCAUUAAUGAAGCCCUCACUACCAGGCGUUCCGAACUCUAUGGGAAAACUCGAGACCUUGUAAAGAAGAAAAAGAUCGACAGUACCUGGACUUACGAUGGACGUAUUUACGUUAAACUCAGCGGUCCAAGAGGUAAGAAGGUCAUCAUUAACUCCUUGGAGGAUCUGGAGUGCUUCCAUGAGGAUAACGCGGACAGCAACCACGAAGAGGGAUAG